AUGGCAAAGCACAACACAAAGAAGGGAAGCGCGCGUCGUAAGGCAACAGGAACCUACGGCAGCCUGCUUGUCGACAUUGGCACAUGUUGCUCUUCGAAGCCUGCGUCGUCUGUUAAGCCGAAAGAGCGGCUGAAGCCAAACGACCCAUCCCCGCUCGUUGGGGUCCCGCUCAGCGAGCUGCACUACAACCCUGUUCCCCCGAUGGACGUGUGGCAGAAGCGAGAGGCAGAACUUAUGAUGAGGGAUGAGAAACGAACCACGCGCGGCAAGCACAAGGAGGUGCAGCGCGCGCAGUGCAAUGUGCAGGACAGGAUCAAGGUGAACAAAGUCUACAAACAAUCUGGGCUUGAUCAGCUGCGCGGUCGUAAGAAGAACCAGACACAUGUUGCCAAGCUGCGUGGUUACCUUGUGAGCAACGUUGACAUUGAUCCAAACCUGCUCUUCAACACUCGUGGCCUAAAGUAA